GAGAGCUAAAAGCUCAAGAAGAAGAGCAGCUAAACAGGACAAGACCUUAGAAGCUACUAACUGACAGGCCCUUUAAACCCAGUCUGGACUGUGUAGUUUGAUCAAGCUGCUGCUGCUGGAUCUGAGCUAGAGGAUACAGUCAUGUAGCUGCGGGCGUGAUGUGAUGGACUGACCGCUACAGAUCAACCCAGGGAGAGAAGAAGGACAUGAACUUACGUCUAAAGCCUGGAAACAGAAUGUUUGCUGUGUAUUCACGGUACUGCUCCUCACUGAUGACUUCUUUAAACAGGAGAAAACCUUAUCGCUUAAGGAGAGCACGUUCUUCACACACAGACGAGAAGAUGCCGUGCUCAGAUGUGACUGAAGCCGCUGCUGUGUCUCCUGCCAAGAGGAGCAGGACUGAAAAUGGUUUUGUGCUAAAAUUCGCUAAACUCACAGAAAACGCAACAACACCGACCAGAGGCUCCAGCAAAGCGGCGGGAUACGACCUGUACAGUGCUUAUGACUACUCCAUAGGGCCGAUGGAUAAGGCCAUAGUGAAGACUGAUAUUCAGAUAGCUGUUCCGUCGGGCUGCUACGGCAGAGUAGCUCCUCGUUCCGGUCUGGCAGCAAAACACUUCAUUGAUGUUGGCGCUGGUGUUGUGGACGAGGACUACAGAGGAAACGUCGGUGUAGUGCUGUUUAACUUUGGCAAGGAGACGUUUGAAGUGAAAAAAGGAGACAGAGUGGCUCAGCUGGUCUGUGAGAGGAUCUGUUACCCUGACCUGGUGGAGUUGGAGACUCUGGAUGAGACUGAGAGAGGAUCUGGAGGAUUCGGCUCUACGGGAAGAAACUAAAGCUUCUUGUGUUUUUAGAAGUUUUGUUUACUUAUUAAAAUAAAGUUCCUUUUAAUAGAAAUUGUUGAGCCUUCAUUGUGAAUCAGAUUGAGUUCCCCCAGCAGGUGGUGCUCUCUGCUCAUUUUCUGUUUGCCACUUCAACUCUGAGUGGAAGCUGUUUGAAAUGGAAUAAUAUUUGAACACUUCAGGAAUUUUUUGUUCAUGUAGAUCUUAUUAAACAUGGUAUUUCAUAAA